UCCGGCUACGCCAUCUCCUUCUCAGUGGCCGCCGGCGUCGUGUGAACAAUGUGAGCCGAGAGGGUCUGAGCUGCCGAGGUGGGCAGCCAUGGCCACAGCCUGGCGAUAGUCGCAGCGUGGAACGCGCUCUGGAACUUGCCCCGUCCGGCCCCGUCCCGUUCUCUUUCUCCAGAGGGCGUGCGAGCGAGCGUGCGUCUUGCUGUCUUGUUUCUCUCGCCCUUCGAAACGCCGCCAUGUCCAGCUCCUCCUCGCAGACCCCUCCUCACCACCAGCCCCCGCAGAGGAUACGCCGCGGCGCCUCCGGGUCCCCCACCAGCGGUAGCACCGUCGCCUCGAUCGGUAGUAACGGGGCCGGCGGCGGAGGAAACAGCAGCAACAGUAGUAGCAGCGGCGCCCCCGGUGGCAGCGCCGGGACUAGCCGGCUGCUCCAGCCUAUCCGCGCCACUGUCCCUUACCAGCUCCUCAGGGGCAACCAGCACAGCCCGACUCGCUCGCCGGCCGCCUCAGCCUCGGUGGGGAGCAACACCGGCCCAGGGGGGCCUCGAGGCGGAGGAGGGGGCGGCAACGGCGGCAGCCCGACCCCGCCGAGCUCUACCCCGCCGUUAGUCCUAGCGGCGGCUGCUAGUGCCACCGUCGCCACCCCGCCAGGAGCAGGCGGCGCGGCGGAGCCAGGGAGGGUGAAGGUGAGGCAGAGGCGCUCGCCCGACAGCAGCAGCAACGGCAGGCGGAGAAGCAUCUCACCUGAGAGAAGGAGCCCCAGUUCGCCCAUAUACAGAGGGUUGAUGGCCUCUGUUUACACCUUCCAGGGUACUAAACUGGGGGACACUUGCAGACAAGUGGACAGGCCAAAAGCCCAGCAAAUUAGAACAUCUAGCACCAUAAGACGUACCUCUUCUUUGGACACAAUAACAGGACCUUACCUCACAGGACAGUGGCCACGAGAUCCCCACAUACACUAUCCUUCAUGCAUGAGGGAUAAAUCCACUCAGACACCUAGCUGUUGGGCGGAAGAGGUAUUAGAAAAGAGAUCGCAUCAGCGUUCAGCUUCAUGGGGGAGUGCUGAUCAACUGAAAGAAAUUGCCAAAUUAAGGCAGCAGCUCCAGCGCAGUAAACAGACUAGUCGUCACAAUAAAGAAAAAGAACGUCAGUCACCUCUCCAUGGCAACCAUAUAGCAAUCAAUCAGACUCAGGCUUCUAUCUCAAGAUCAGUCCCUAUGCCACUGUCAAACAUUUCAGUGCCAAAAUCAACUGUUUCACGUGUGCCGUGCAAUGUAGAAGGAAUAAGUCCUGAACUAGAAAAAGUGUUCAUCAAAGAGAACAGUGGAAAGGAAGAAGUGUCCAAGCCCUUGGAUAUUCCUGAUGGCCGAAGAGCGCCUUUACCUGCUCACUAUCGUAGCAGCAGCACACGCAGCAUCGAUACACAAACACCUUCUGUUCAGGAGCGCAGUAGUAGCUGCAGCAGCCAUUCCCCAUGCAUUUCUCCCUUUUGUCCUCCUGAAUCUCAGGAUGGGAGUCCUUGCUCUACAGAAGAUAUGCUGUAUGAUCGUGACAAAGACAGUGGGAGUAGCUCACCGUUGCCCAAGUAUGCCUCCUCUCCUAAACCCAACAACAGCUACAUGUUCAAACGAGAGCCCCCAGAGGGAUGUGAGCGGGUGAAGGUCUUUGAGGAAAUGUCGGCUCGUCAGCCUGUCUCAACCCCUCUCUUUUCAUGUCCUGACAAAAAUAAAGUUAAUUUCAUCCCGACCGGAUCAGCUUUCUGUCCUGUAAAACUUCUGGGUCCUUUACUACCAGCUUCUGACCUGAUGCUCAAAAGUUCUCCAAACUCUGGUCAAAGCACAGCUUUGAGUACUCUGACUGUUGAGCAGCUUUCAUCUCGGAUCGCUUUCUCCUCUUUGUCGGAUGACACCAGCACAAUGGACUCUACUGAGGUUUUAGUACAGCAGCCGCCACCACUUCUGCAAGAACUACAGUCUGAUGAACACUCAUCUCCUCAAAACUAUGUGGUAAUCUAGACUAGCAAGCCAGAGUGACAGUCUAAAACUCAACUGCAUGAGUGGCACUUUUUUGGAACAAAACAAAGCUACUUAUCAGCAUCUUUCUAUAUUUCUGUGCUGUUCUUGGCAGGGACAGAUAUGCGUUCAGCAUUUUUGUGUGCGUGUGGAGCGGGGAGCAGAGUGCUUGCAGAAUCUGUGUAUCAUUAAGCAUUUUAAGUGGAGACUAUGCAUUUCAUAGAAUGUUUGACCAGAUUAGUACUUUGUCCUGUGUUCUGUUUCAAAUUCUACAGUAUAAAUAAGCUCUAUAUCAAACAAAGGUUGCCUGUCUAAAUAGAAAUUGUCUUGCUGUGUUGUAUUCUAUGGAAAAUACUGUACUUCAGGAUUAUGUUUACAAUUUAUCCAGGUAUUUAUGUUUUGAAUUUCUGUAAUACAUACAAUGCAAAAAAAAAAUGGCCACAACAGUUGCACAGUGCCCACCCUAUGGCCUAGCUUCAGGUACUUCUCUCGAAGUCUAAACUCAGGUAACUUGGAAUGUAUAUCAUAUUGGGAUAUAAAAUAUUUUACAGCUAAAAAGCUAAAGAGGGAACAUCACUCUUCUGCCUUUCCUUAUUUUAUGCAUUAAUAUUUCCUCAUUACAUUCCACUUUCUUGGAAAAAGUGCAUUCAAAUCCAGGGGAAUAACAACCCUGGACAUGGGUGAACAUGAGGAGAACCAGCAAAUCUGUGAUGUAUGACAUCACAUUGUCAUGUGGUUACAGGUAAAACAACUGUUGCAUUUACUGUCAUUUCAGCGUGUAAAAUGUGGCAUUCAGAAGUUUCAGGUGUUGCACAGUUAAUGACUGUUAAGUUGUUUGCGAAUAAAGUGUUCAGUUUUAGGCUGUACAUAAGAAACAUUCCAUGGCGUGUGCAGGAGAGAGGAUCCAAGGCAAGAAUGUUUUCAUUUAAUUUCAGCAAUCUUUUUUUCAUGUUUCAGAGGGAGUGGGUGGGAAUUUCCUCUCAUGUUUGUGUUGGCAAGUUAAAAACGUGAAAUGCUACUGUUACCAUUUUAUGAGUCUAAUUAAUGUUUAGUUUCUCUUUUGGAGGAAAUGUUCAUUUGUGUGCUGGUUGCAAACAAAUUCUUGCAUUUUUGACAAGCAAUGAUUGGUGAACUUUGUUUUAUUUGUACAGUGGGUAUUUUGCGUCUGGACUGAAAAGAAUCUCUUUAAGUGGCAUAUGAGGUUUUGUAAAAAAUUUAAAAAAUUACAAAGAAAGAAAAAGAAAAAAGCAAUAGUUUUUAAGUCAUGUAUCUAAUCAAAGUCUUUCUUAAUACCCUCUGGUUUAGGCCGUUGGCAGGUAAAUUUAUUGCAGUUUGAACGUGGGUGGACAGUGCAAUAGCUUGUCUUCCCAGACGCUGCAUAACUUAGAAGCCUCCAGUAGCAUUACUGUACAGUAGCCCUGGAACUAUGAGAGCACUGCUUUCAGAAAUAAUGAACCUGCAAUACAAAGAGGACUCCAAAGGCAAGUGACUCAAUAUUCUUGGCUCUGUGUUUUCAGUUCAGUGGAAGUAGCUUUAUGCAAGUCUAUUCCUAAGAAAGCCUGCUGCCCCCGUUCAGGAACUGCAAAGAUUAAGUCUGCAGCUGCUGCAGCAUUUAUACUCUCUCCACUACUUUCUUUUGAGGAAAGGGGGAGGGAAUAAUAAAAAGGCCUCAGUGAAGAGUACCUAAGAAAACAAAUAUGGAAAAUAUGCAGCACAUAUAUGUUGCUGCAAAAUGAAGCCCAGUUUCCUUCCUAUCCUCACCAAAGAGUUUGGUAAUAACCUGUUAGGAAGUUAGACCUACAGCCUCUUUAUAGUUGCUGCAUGACUGUAGGAGCAGGCUGGGAAUGGAAAGCUAAAUAUCUGUUUGUCAUUUGUUUUCACAGUAUUUUUUUUUAAUACAGCAACAGGCAUUUUUAAUUUUGCUAAUCUCAGGCCUUGGUGGAAGCACUAUAUAGUUUGUACGUUAAAGUGUAAGGGAAAAGCGUCCAGUUCUUGUGACAAAAAUGUGGGUUCUUUAAAGGUUCACAUUAAAGUUAAAUAUUACAGUACAUUUCCCUUCUUACCCUGUUUUAUUCCCCAAAUAUAAAUACAUAGUCAUGGUUCUUGAUGCUAUAGGAUUUUAUGAGAAACUCUUAUCAGGUGAUUUUUAGAUCAAGAAUGAAUGAACUCUGGUGAACAAUAUUUACAGUAAUACUUCUGUUUUCUCAUGAGAAACUAAAUAUUAAUUGUCACGCGCAUUUGUUCUUGGCAUAUUGGAAGGUUCUAAAUCAAAUGUGUUAAAGCUAAUGCUUUGCUAUGUAAAUUUCCCAGCAGUUGUUGAUCUCUGAUAUAUCCUGCAUUCAGCUGUAGAAAUUUGUCAAAUAUUGUUUCAAGAGUUUUGUAUAUAGUUGUACUGUUAUUUCUAGCUACUGUGCUGAACAGUAUUCGAAAUACCACACAAUAUUGCUUUACAGAAGGAAAUGUGUGGCUUUUGUUUUGUAUUUUUUCAGUAUAGACGUUCCUGUGUCUUAUUUAAAUAAAAUUAUUAGGAAAAAAAACCCUACAACCUGUAAAUGUAAUG